ACCACCCUUCACCUCGGUCUCCGUCCAGAAGAGGGUCCCUUUUGUGCCCACGCUGCGCGUGUUUUUACUAAUACUUUAGCUCAUCCAGGUAAGUGGAAGAAGCAACUUAACCCCAUAUUGGCUAGAGCGCCUGCGCUGGGAAUCAAAACGACGCAGCGGAACACGCUGGGGAACUGGAGACAGACAAGAACCGAACAACGACAAAAAAAGUUCGCUACUCUUCCAAAGGGACACCGCCUACGCGGCAGUAUCCAUCACGACAAUUACUCACUUAAAAACAUCGAACGCCCGCCGCUCGCCAUGGAUCCGGUCAUCCGAGCUGACAUUGUUGAGUCGUUUCAAGUGGCGCGCAGCCCUUGACAAUCAUAGAAUUUCAACUCCCAUCGUAAAGAGUGCCAGUAUCGUUCAUCGCCGCUAUGUCGCGUGUUGUCUUGUCUUCUAUGCGAUCCGCAUUCCAACAAGGUCUUCUUCGCCCUACGCCUUUAGCGUCCUUGCCGCCUCGAGUCCUUCUUUCACAGACUCAAGCGCGAUGGAGCUCGCACUCGCCGUUGGGCACUCCGUCGGUCAACCCCCGAAAGAAGGUCACUUUAGGGACUCUGCGAUCGCUUUACCAAAAGCAAGAGCCUAUAACCAUGAUCACUGCUCACGACUUUCCCAGUGCUCAUGUGGCUGAUGCAGCUGGCAUGGACAUGGUACUGGUCGGAGACAGCUUGGCCAUGGUUGCCUUGGGCAUGGAAGACACCAGUGAGGUAGUCCUGGAAGAAAUGAUCCUGCACUGCAGAUCAGUUGCACGCGCAACCAAAGCUGCCUUUACCGUAGGAGAUCUUCCUAUGGGUUGUUAUGAAAUCGCACCGGAGCAAGCCCUCGAAUCUGCUAUCAGAGUAAUCAAGGAAGGUCGUGUUCAAGGCAUCAAACUGGAGGGCGGUCUUGAGAUGGCGCCAACCAUUGCCAAAAUCUCUGGCGCUGGCAUUCCAGUCCUUGGGCACAUUGGCCUAACACCGCAACGACAACAUUCCCUUGGGGGCUUCCGUGUACAAGGCAAGACCACGGUUGGAGCCCUGAAGGUGUUGGAAGACGCUCUGGCCGUUCAGGAGGCGGGUUGUUUUGCCGUUGUACUAGAGGCCGUCCCAGCUGAGGUUGCCAGCCUUGUGACAAAGAAGCUUCACAUUCCAACCAUUGGUAUUGGUGCUGGUAGUGGUUGCUCUGGUCAGGUCCUUGUCCAAGUCGACAUGUCUGGCAACUUCCCGCCUGGGCGUUUCCUGCCAAAAUUCGUAAAGAAAUACGGCGAUGUAUGGGGCGAGAGCUAUAAAGCGAUAGAGACUUAUAAGACCGAAGUAAAGAGCCGUGCGUACCCGGCGCAAGAGCAUACUUACCCAAUGCCAAAGGAAGAAUUCAAUGAGUUCGAGUCUUUGGUUGAAGGAAGGAAUCUUGCUUAAACUCCUUUCCCUUUCUUCUCUUCUUUAAAACUUCGAUUAUACCAUUUCUAAUUUGGCGUAAACUGCGUGGCCGCAGCAGCGUUUGGCAUAUCCGCAUGGGAAUUGGCGUCUAUACAGCAUAGUCUGAAUUUUCCUGAACUGAGUGCAUUUUGGAUGAAAAUUUGGUGGCUUGUAACCUUUUAAUGUUAUACAAUCAGAUUUUCUGUCUUCAGAGACCUAAUAUAAGCUGAUACAUUACCUUUCAUAAAAGUACUACCCGAAAGCUGGAGUUGUGGAGUAUGCGAUGAUUAAUUGAUCAUCCCGCUUGAAGCACUAUAUAACUUAUGAAUGAUGGACGGAGAAUGAGAGACACAGCUUAUU